AUGAUAACCGUUUAUGCACCGGCAUUACUAACUUUUGGGCAGUUAAUAACAACGGCAAGAUGUAGCAACCUGAUGAAUUACUUGUUCUUUUGGGGCGGGGGUGGGACGUCACCAUCAGAUCAAAGUGGAAUGAAUACACAUGGUCAGGGCAAAGGAAGUUUUAGUAAACAUAUCGAGGAUUACUUGGACGACCAAGUAAAAAUUAACCUACGCAGUAAAAAAAACAGUUAUUUAAAACCUAUAUUUACAAACCCAGAGCAAGAAAUUCAUUACUACCUUAGAAAUGAUGGCAAUUAUGAUGAGCUCUAUGCCAAAUACCCCUUAUGUGAAGCAAAGUACAAAAUCGCUGAUAAACUAAAAAGGUGUAAUGUAUUACAAAGCUCCAUGAACAAGUCCAAAAAAAUAGCUAUAAUAAAGACGUGCAUAGUGGAGAUGUAUGGUGUGCUAUUCGUUACUGUUAGGAACACAAACGACAUAUUGUCAGUGAUUGCUACUGUCUAUGGGUACGUACCAUAUGUAUUAAUACUUUUAAUAUUAUUGCAAAUGUUACUAACUUUUAACAAAUUUUUGAUUUACCUAGCUUUUAUUAUCCCCACCCAGUUAACACUAAACGAUUUUGUAUUGAAGAAUUUGCUGAAAAUGGAUCGACCCGUUCAUAGUGCACUACAAUCAUAUGGAAUGCCAUCCGGACAUAGCUCCUUUGCUUUCAGUUUACUCACUUUUAUAUUACUGCAUCUAACAGAGUCCAAAAAGGAUAAGUGGUCCAUAAUGACCUACAUCCUUGCCAUCAUUGCACUCUUACCAAUACCUUGGAGUCGUGUUUAUAUUCAAGAUCAUACCUUUUACCAGGCUGUCUUUGGCUGCAUCUUAGGAAUCAUCAUCGGUGUCAUUUCCUACAUGGUAAAGAGGCAAUGUAUGAAGCACAAGGAUAACACCGAGUAG